CAAAAUCAGCUAUUCAAAGUGGAAGAGAUGUGCUGCGGCGGCUUCACAGUUCCGAAGGGAUACCGAUUCCAUCCCUCCGACGAGGAGCUGCUUAGUCACUACUUGGAGGAGAAGAAUAAGUGCAAGGACUCCCAGAUCACUACCAUCAUCCCUGAAAUCGAUGUGUGCAAGCACGAGCCUCGCGAGUUGCCAGAACUGGCGUUCACAAGGGCGGAAAGUCUGGGCAGGAAAUUUUUCUUUUUCUUCUUCUUUUGGGUUGCAAGGGAAGUGUCUUGGGACAAUCAGGGAAAGUGGUACUUCUUCACUCCGCGUGAUUACAAGUACAAUAACAGCACUCGCUCCAACAGGACUACAGGGGAAGGGUUUUGGAAGAUCACAGGGAAGGACCGUGCAAUCAAGGCCCCCGGCUCCAAAGCUGUGAUUGGGAGAAAGAGGACCCUGACCUUCUACAAACGUGGAGUACCGAAAUCCCAGAAGACCAGCUGGGUUAUUCAUGAGUAUUAUCUCAUUCAGGCACAUUCUGAUCCUCCUAAGCAGAUAGGGGACUUUGUUGUUUGCUGCUUGAAGUACAAAUCAGACAACUUUGAUCAUGAUAAGGAUGCUCCAUUCUGUGAUCGAGGUAGCAGUAGCCGCAGUAUGGCCUCCAAUGUUGAAAAUCAAGCUGAAGAAAAUUGGGCAUCGAAAGAGCUGGUUAAUGUUGUUCCAAUUCCCAGUGGAAAUGAUGAUGAAGCUGAAACUGGUGGUGCUAUGAUUACAGAAGAAGAGGAGUACCUGACUUUAAAGGAGCUGAGAGACACUCUUCAGAUUCCCAUUGGCAAUCCGCAUGAAUUCGAAGUCCAAGGCAGGCAAACUGAUCCUUGUCGUAUAGAUAAGAAGGAUCCUUCAACUGAUGUUGAAGGCCAACCUGAUAGAAGCAAUUCAUCUGAUAUGAUUGAAGAGCUACUAGAUGACCCAGAAAAUCUGGAUUCACUCUUUCAUCCGCCUGCACCACCUCAACUGCAUCAGUCACCGAUGCAUACCACCAAUAUCCAUAAUGAUGAAUGUCGUAAGAGGACAUAUCCAUUUGAGCAUAAUGACCCUUCUCUUACGAAGAAGAAUAAUAUCUCAACCAAUGAUAACGACGAAUUAGUUAGCAACAUCGCAUCUAGUUCUGAAAAUCAAGCCGCAAAUAUGAUUCCAGAGGGAUAUUCUCAACUAGGAGCAAAUCUGGGAUCAGAAUUUGAUUCAUUUCUGCCAAACAAUUACAAUUAUACAUUACCAUCAAUAAACGGAGGACCGAGAGAUUUUUCCCAUGACAAUAAUUUCAUUGAGUUGGAUGAUUUACUAUCUUCAUACGAAGGUAUUGACUAUUCUCUCGCACAGUUCCUACAUACAGUUAUUGAUGGAGGUAGAGGAGUAACCAGUGACAGAAACACCGAAGUAGUACAUGGAUCGGUAAACGAUUAUUCUGCAUUAGCCAUUGGAGCAACGCUCCAGCGUAGCUGAUCAACCUUUAUUUAUAGGAGAAUAUCAUAGGAGGCCUCAGUAAUAAUGUGUCUCUAACUUACAUUAUUACAGUCGGUGAUAUUCUCCUACAAAUGAUUCAAAGAUCUCCAGGUUAUAUGAAAUGCUCAGCUGUGUUGAUUGGCAUACAAUCGCAGAUUUUCUGCAUUUCUUGUCUGGAGGCUUUGGAAACUUCUUAAUUGUUUUGGCAUUCAAUUACAACUCAAGACAGCUGCAACUAGUCUAUACCUGUUUCUCUUUUCUUUUUCUUUUGGGAGUGUGGGAGGCAUUGCUGGUGUCACAGCGUCCCCCAGUGAACUUUUGGUUGAAAGUGAGACCGGCGAAUGCAUAUGGUUCAAAUGUCAUCCGGAACUCUACCCUCCUCUUAUUGUGACGAGUCCAGGCGAAUAAAGGUGUCUCUUCUCAUAAGCAGUUCCUUGGAGGUGGAGCUUCCUCUGUCAACAUUACUACCUAUAUUCAUUCCUCAGAUCAUCUUGUCAAUAUAAGUACCAAUAUUCCUUCCUCUAAUCAUAUCCAGAGUACCGAUAUUUGUUUCUCAUAUCCAUACAUCGUGUCCUCAGUACCAAUACAUCGUGUCAACCAGAGUACGGAUAUUUGUUUCUCAUAUCCAUAGUUUUCAAAUGUCCUAAAAUCAAAGGACAUAACUAUCCACAUCCAUUUCUUCAGAUCCCCAAUAGUGAAUCAAUCACCGAUAGUUUUUCCUCAAACAAAUAGUCGGCAAUUAGUGUGUCCUUAAGAUCAAAGGACAUACGCAAAAUAUCAAUAUCAUCCAAUAUCUAGUCAUUGAGUCAAACAAGGGAGGUGCUCCUGGAAGAAUCCGACUGCAGAGCCGCAUCACAAGCCAAGGCAGUGAAGCUGCAGGGGCAUUGUACUGCUGUUUAUCUGCCCCAGAAGAAACUGAAAGUCCUGGAAGCAGACAACAGUUCAAAGCUGGCAGCAAUAUAAAAGAUUCUUUUUUUCAGGAUGCAUCUCCUUUAAAUCCGUAAAGCAUAUCUUUCUACCCAAGUCAUAGUUCUAGCCUAAAAGGCCACUAUGGGCAACGCAACUUUUGCAUAGUCACUAGUCAGGAAGCGGUGUUACAUGGUUGCUGGAGUCUCAAAGACAUAUUAGUAAUAAUCAGACAGCAGUAUUCUGUCUGGUUACAGUCAUUUCCAAGAUGUAUGAAUACAAUUAAAGGUCAUAGAGAGGCCUUCAGACUAGGUCUGAACACCUCAUGCCUAAAACCAAAUAUUGUAUCACGCAUUAGAUCGCUCUUGUUUGUAUUACACUAUUACCCUAUAAUUCUUGUAGAUGCUGUUCGUUGUGAAGCUUUAACGUUCAAUGGAAUUUUGUAUA